AUGGCUUCUAAUAACCAUGCCUCGGUUCCUCUUCCACAAAACUAUAUAGCAAGGAAAGCAAUAUUCAGACCAGGGCUAAAUGCUGCUAUGGCACGCAUUAAUACUCUCACGUUCAUCCUGAUGGCGAUAAUAACAGUGAUGAACGGCCGAGUGCAAGUGAAAACCAUGCGAGUAGAUAUGCAGCGCGUGUGGAGUAGAAACAUGACUAAUGCCGUCCACAGCACUAACGCCAGGCUCAAAAGAAUUACAGGAGAAGCAUCUCCCGCCGCCGACUUGGGUGCGCCAGUGCAGAGUGGGCAACACGUUGCAGAAUUCAUGAUGACAAUGGGUAUCGGAACCCCGCCACGCAAAAUGAUUGGCAUCGUUGACACAGGAAGCGAUCUCAUCUGGAGGAAGUAUCAACCCUGCACUGGCUGCAAUUCUCAGCCCGCCCACAUCUUCGAGCCGGCCAAAUCUAGCACCUACAACAAACUCUCGUGUUCCUCUCCCCUCUGCUUUGCCCUUCCCACCAAAACGUGCACGCCAGACUGCCAGUAUAAGUACUCCUACGGAGACGGGUCGACAACUCAGGGCGUCUUGUCAAAAGAGACAUUUACUUUGUGGGAGAGCAGCGGAAAGCAGCAUUCCAUCCCAGAGUUGGCAUUUGGGUGCAGCCAUGACACGCGAGGGGAUGCAUUUUCUGAAGCGGACGGUCUGGUGGGGAUUGGACGAGACGGCCUCUCGCUUAUUUCACAGAUUGGUUCCACUGUUGGAUCGGAAUUCUCUUAA